UUUCACUUUUCACUCCUCCCUCUCACUUUGCCUCCUCUCUCUCCAUUUCCAUUUUCCACCCACUUUAAAGCUAAGCUUCUUCUUUCUCUCCAACUCUCCGGCGCCUCCCAUGGCCAUCUUCAAAUCCAUCUUUCUUCCUUUUCUUUUUCUCUUCCUUCCUUUUCUUUCCGCUGAUUUUGUUCCCUCUGACAUUUACCUUCUCAGCUGCGGCUCAUCUUCCAAUUCCUCUUUCUUUAAUCGCAUCUUCGUCGGCGAUUCAUUGAAACCCGCCUCCGACUUUCUCGCCGCCGGUAAAUCGGUGGUGGUUUCUGAUCGAAACCCACCUCAGGAUUCUCCUUCUUUGUAUCACACAGCCAGAGUUUUCACCAGGGUCUCAAGCUACAAGUUCAACAUCAAGAAGAACGGUACUCACUUGCUACGGUUUCAUCUUUCGCCAUUUUCGUCGACGGGAUUCGCUUUACAUUCUGCAAAUUUUACUAUUUCGGCUAAUGGGGUUUUUCUUUCUAGUAUUUCUCACGUUAACGAUUCUGUAAUUAAAGAGUUUAUGGUGAGAAUUGACACCAACGUGCUUGAAAUCGAGUUCCAACCAGCUUCGAGUUCGGGUUUUGGAUUCGCGAAUGCAAUCGAGGUAUUUUCAGCUCCUAAAGAGCUCAUUACCGAUAAUGGAGCUAAGCUUGUGGAUUCUAAUGGAGGUCGAGAAUAUUACAAACUCACAUCGCAAAUUUUGGAAACCAAAUACAGAAUUAACGUUGGGGGUCCCAAAUUGACUCCAUUCAACGACACUUUAUGGAGAACUUGGGUGCCCGAUGAGCCUUAUCUGGCUUUAAAGUCGGCGGCAAAGCUCGCUGCAACUUUUCACACUCCGAACUAUGAGGCCGGCGGCGCAAGCAGGGAGGUCGCGCCGGACAUCGUUUAUAUGACGGCGCGGCAGAUGAACAAGGACCACUCAAUUUCGGGUGCAAAAUUUAACCUCACCUGGAACUUUCCAUUGGAUUCUAAUGGCGUGAAUCACUUGGUUCGCUUGCAUUUCUGCGAUAUUGUUAGUUCCGCUCUUAAUCAAUUAUAUUUCAAUGUGUAUAUCAAUGGCUAUCCUGCAUACAGGGACUUGGAUUUGUCAUCUUUUUCCCUUCAGCUUUCAACUCCCUUUUAUAUUGAUUUCAUUGUGGAUUCUGGUAGUUCUGGGGAUAUUCAAAUUAGUGUUGGACCGUCUGAUCUAAGCAGUUCUUUGAGAUAUAAUGCGAUCUUAAAUGGAGCAGAGAUCAUGGAAAUGGUGAACGCUAAGGAUAUGUUUACAGAAACUGAGAAAAGGAAAAGAAAUUUGUGGGUUAUUGUAGGUCCUGUUGUUGGUGGAUUUAUUGGUUUAUGUUUGAUUGUUGCUGCAAUUCUUGCUUUCGGAUGCAAGAGGAGGAAGAAACCGAAGCCAAGGCGGGCAGAGAGCGCAGGCUGGACUUCAGUUCAAGCGUAUGGAGGAGGCAGUUCUGAUAGUAAAUUAUCAAGAGGAUCAACUCUUGCAUCUUUUGGGCCAAAUGGAUACCACAGCUUGAAGAUCCCCUUCAGUGAAAUUCAGUCAGCAACAAACAAUUUCGACAAGAGUUUGAUCAUUGGUUCGGGGGGAUUUGGGAUGGUUUACAAAGGGGUUCUUCGGGACAAUAUAAAGGUUGCUGUGAAGAGAGGUGUGCCGGGAUCACGGCAGGGCCUUCCUGAAUUCCACACAGAGAUUGCUAUCUUGUCAAAGAUUCGACAUCACCAUCUUGUUUCGCUUGUUGGAUACUGUGAAGAACAGUCAGAAAUGAUACUGGUUUAUGAAUAUAUGGAGAAAGGUCCCUUGAAAAAACAGUUGUAUGGCUCGGUUGUGUCACCAUUGUCGUGGAAACAACGGCUCGAAAUCUGCAUUGGUGCAGCUAGAGGUCUUCACUACCUCCACACUGGUUUUGCACAGGGAAUCAUCCACCGCGAUAUCAAGUCGACCAACAUUUUGCUGGAUGAGAAUUAUGUUGCUAAAGUUGCUGAUUUUGGUCUUUCGAGAUCAGGGCCUCGUCUUGAUGAGACACAUGUUAGUACUGGAGUAAAAGGCAGCUUUGGGUAUCUAGAUCCCGAGUACUUUCGAAGACAACAACUCACUGAUAAGUCAGACGUGUAUUCAUUUGGAGUAGUACUCUUUGAAGUUCUUUGUGCUAGGCCUGCUGUUGAUCCAUUGCUCGCUAGGGAACAAGUAAAUCUCGCCGAGUGGGCACUGCAUUGGCAACGAAAAGGGAUGCUUGAAAAGAUUGUGGAUCCACAUUUGGUCGGGCAAAUUAAUCCAAAUUCAUUAAAGAAAUAUGGAGAAACAGCAGAAAAAUGUUUGGCUGACUAUGGUAUUGACAGGCCAACAAUGGGGGAUGUCUUAUGGAACUUGGAAUAUGUUCUUCAACUACAAAUCGGGCCAUCAAACGAACCAUCGGAACCUGUGGACAUCGACGACUCCGAUUUUCCAACAUCCACAGCUAUUCAUCCAAGCAACAUGAGGAGACAUUCAGAUGAAGGUACUGAUAAUUUUUCAGACAUAAGUACAACCAAAGUUUUCUCACAGUUGCUUACUAAUGAUGGAAGAUAGCUUAUUAGCUUUAUGAUGGGUUCUAAAAAACAGAAGAAGCUUCCAAAAUUACAAUCUCAAUAGUUAUGUUCCUUCACUUACAACAUAUUCAGAAAUAGGGUACUUACAUUAUACUGUAGAAAACUUACAUCCAAGCCUUCUUACUAUGUUCUUCUCAAGAUCAUACAUUUCUUUUUUUUUUUUUUUUUUUUUUUUUUUUGCCAUAAUGUUGUGAAUUCUAGAGUAUUGUAAAGUUAUC